GUAUUGCCCUGUGAGCUAGAAAUACAGUCAGAAUAUACUUCCUGGUGGGACGUGAGCAGGGUGGAGGAUUGUAGGAAGGUGGCUGUUACGCAGGCUUGUCCUUCAUACUGUGCAAAACUUAUUCGAGUACACCAAACAUAAAGGCCAAUGGACAUGGUGUACACAUUUACAGCGUACCUCUACCUUGUCACCUGUAUUGCCACAACCUGUUCGGUCGGGUCACAGGGGACGAGCUGGGAAAGAGACAUCGAUGCCGAUGGAUAUACGAUUCACAUUUACGGAACGAUGGAAGGAUCUGGGAAGGUCAAAAUCAUCCACGUGAAUGUUACCAUCUUGGCAGAAACAACCAUUGCGAACUUAUGUUCCUCGACAAAGUGCAAUAAGAACCAAUCUGUGCCGUUGCAACCUGAAUUGAAAGACAUUACAAGUGACAAAUUGAGUGUGAAAUAUGUCUGCCAACAAAACUGCAACAUGACCAAGGCUUUUUACAGGGCAACAUAUAAUGUACAGAAUCACCGAACAUAUCACAUAGCUCAGAUAAAAGUAACUUUCACAUUUAAAGAUGGGAAUCAGUUGAACAGAACAUGCAUUGGCCCAGGUGAAUUGCCGUCUUGUACUCUACCUCAACAGAAGAAGACAGACCCGGACAUUAUAGGAUGUACCUGCAAGGUGGAAUCCAAGAAUUGCACACCACCAACCACUACUUUGACAAAUGGUACCACAACCUCUGACACAAUCACAAGUACUACUACUACUAUUAGCAGCGAACCCACCAUUGCUGCAUCAUCUGGUCCAGCCAGCGACACUGCAGCCUCCACAAAAACUACUGAUACUACAGCAUCUGGCACACAAACUGACACACCUACCCCAGGUCCAGCGAGUGGCAAGACAACAUCCGACACACUUACUGAUAAACAAGACGGAUCUCAGAUCGGAGUGCUCGUUGGAGGAGUCGUUGGAGGACUCUUUGGGGGCGUCAUCAUCACGGUUGUCAUCGUAUUCCUUUGUCGUGCAUGUCGCUUAAGAAGAAGACAUACAGAAGAUGAAGACGGAGCAGGGACGAAGGAAUCCCACACCUAUCUGGGAUUGAUUCACACCACCAGUUCCAGUGGUAAAUCCCCACGUGGUAAAAAUGAGGUGACAUCCCAAGUCCCGGAUCUCAUUAAGGUUUCAGCUGUACAACAAGCGUCCAGUGCCCCGUCAGAUGUGUAUGACGUCAUCAAAGAGGGAGAAGACAACCAGCUGGAGGUGGAUCCUUCUGCCUGCGACCAGGGAGACUAUACGGACAUAACAGAUGACAUGAUUGGGGCAGCUGUGUAUUCCCAGGAGAAGGAUGACCCGACAGACGGCGACUAUAACAAAUUGGUCAGAGAUGGCGCUACUGAGACAGGAAGUGAUGUGCAGGGCACAUACAACAGGCUGGGCAGAGGUGGCGCUACUGAGACAGGAACUGAUGUGCAGGGCACAUACAACAGACUGGGCAGAGAGGGCGCUACUGAGACGGGAACUGAUGUGCAGGGCACAUACAACAGACUGGGCAGAGAGGGCGCUACUGAAACUACAACUGAUGUGCAGGGUACAUACAACAGACUGGUCAGAGAGGGUGCUACUGAGACUACAACUGAUGUGCAGGGGACAUACAACAAAUUGGGAUCAAUGGUAGAUGACAGUGAAGACAAUGAGCCAGCUGGAAACAACGGUACAGCAGCUGAUUAUUUCGCCCUUGAGAAACCAGAAGACACAUACAACAAACUGGAAGGGAAACGCUCCGCUGAGGAAGAACAAGAACCUUACACCAAACUUGGAAAGGCGACACCCGAGGGAGUCAGAACCCCCUGAUGAUCCAGGUAGACCUUCACGACAGUACUUCAUUCUGGAGGAUCACUCUCAGCCCCACAGUACAUGUACAGUCACCUAUUCAGAUAUGAUUUGAACUUCAUACUAUGGAUUAUGCAUACCACUUGCCUCUUGAAGAACACAAAUGCAACCUUGUUUCAUGUACACAAUAUAUUUACCCGAGAAUAUAUCUUGUCCAUAGAGGUCAGAUUCACGUUGACUGGAUAACCGAGUUGGAGCUGACUGAUGUCCCGUGCCAGCAAUAUUCCAGCUAUAUGACGACGGUCUGUAAAUAAUCGAGUCUGACCUGCUAUUAGACAUAAAUACGUGAACAUAUGUUGUUGAAGUAACCGAAAGUACUGGAUCGUUGAUGUGGCCCGGUCAUCUAAAGCGCCGCAAUUCGUUGUGCAGAGUUGCGUCCCUUGGGCACGCAAGAAACCUAUGAUCUAGGGUUCGAAUCCGCAUGUAUGCAAUUAUUGUUUCUGUUAAUGUUCUAUCAUGUUCAUUAUCCAGCCUUGCUUGACAAAGGUAUAAGAAUCUUUACCGACACGUCGCCUUUACAGUAAAUAAAGAAGUUGUCGUACA